AUGCUCUGCGCUUGCAGGGAGCCGGGGCCAAAGGUGGGACUAACGUCGAAAUUGGCGGCCGUGUGCAAGCUGCGGGAGGAGGCCCUGGAGGAGCUGCUGGGGCUCCGCCCCUUGUCGAGGCCGCAGGACCUCACCUUGCUCUGGCUGCAGGAGGCCAAGGCACUGCUGAACCAACACAGCCCAGAGGAGGUGCUGGAGGCCCUGCAGACACUGCGGAAGGGGUACCCCAAAAUCAGCCCUGACCUUGACCCUGACCCUGAUGCUCAGCCCCCUAUGAAGACCCUCAUCCAGGACUACUGGGAGGAUGUGGGGGGACUCUGGGACCUCAUCCACUCCUCGGCCUCCCGCCUGUCCCCCCUGAGGCUCCGGCUCCUCCAGCUGCAGGAGGAGAUCCAGCAGCGCCUGGAGGGGGACCCCAAAGCCCAGCAGGCUGCCAGGUUGAUGCUGGAGGCCGCGGGGCUCUCAGGGGCUCGGGAGGCCCUGAUCCAGCAGGUCCAGGAUCUACGGGGCAGCCCCAUGGACUCCCCAGAAGCUGCCCUGGGGCCACUGAGGAGGCAGCUGCAGGAGGGGAAGCAGCGGCUGUCCCGCCGCUGGAUCCAGCUCCGGGCUCUGGCCGCAUCCAAUGGGAAGCUCCGGGCGCAGCUGCGCCUCCUGCAGGCCCAGGUGAGCAAAGAGGGGGAGGAAAGUGGGGCGGGGCUUAAUGCCCGAGGAGCUGUGCGGCUCCCCCCAGGGCUGCAGGGGGAAGAGCAGCGGCUGCAGGAAGCGCUGAGCAUGCUGGGAAAGGAGAGGGUGCCCCUCCCCCCGAGCCCCGCCCACAGCCCACUGCAGCCAAUCAGACGCGCCCUAGGAAUGGCAGAGACCCCGCCCACCAGCGACGAGGAAGGGUGUGACCAGAGCAAGCCCCACCCCUGA